UGGGACAGUGAGCUGUUUGUUUGUGCAGAAAAGGACCAUGUGGAAUAUUUUCCUGCAAACAACCUGACUCUGCAGACACAAGGAUGUCUUGGCCUGCUCUGUACGCUGAGUUAGUCGGGGCGAGCCGCCACUCCACCAGCCUGGGUAAAGUCUGGCUCUCAGUGCUAUUUAUUUUCCGGGUCAUGGUGCUGGUGGUCGCUGCUGAGAGCGUCUGGGGCGACGAGCAGUCUGACUUCACCUGUAACACACUACAGCCCGGCUGUGAAAACGUCUGCUACGAUCAGUUCUUCCCUGUCUCCCACAUCCGUCUAUGGUGUCUUCAGCUGGUCUUUGUCUCCACGCCAACGCUCCUCGUUGCAACGUAUGUGGCCUAUCGGAACCACAGCGACAAGAAGAGGCUCCUGCAGGUGUGUGUCAAAGGCCAGGAGGAAGAUCUGGAGACUCUAAAGAGAAGGAGACUUCCAAUCGCUGGUGCCCUCUGGUGGACGUACGCCUGCAGCCUGGUGUUCCGGUUGCUGUUUGAAGGAGGUUUCAUGUAUGCCCUCUAUGUGGUCUACGAUGGUUUUCAGAUGCCACGGCUGGUGCAGUGUGACCAGUGGCCGUGUCCUAAUCUGGUGGACUGCUUCAUCUCCCGUCCCACCGAGAAAACCAUCUUUACCGUCUUCAUGGCCACUACCUCCUCUAUCUGCAUGGUCCUUAACAUGGCUGAACUUGUAUAUCUUGUUGCUAAGGCUGUCAAUAGGUAG